AUGACCGACCGCUGGACGACACACCAGCGUCUAAUCAACGUAUCAAACGACAAGCUUCCUCUCCCCAAGCAUCAAUCAAGCCAAUACAAGAACUUGUCCCAGUCCACAGUGUCUCGUGCUCGAGCUGCUGGCAGGACCAGCACAAAAGAUCAUGGACACACGCCGUCGUUCUUUGCUUGGGACCAAGAAAAAGCACUUUUUAUGCCAACUCCCGUAGCAAGGACUUUGGACAUGACGGAGACGCAGAGUGAACACGACGUGGCAGUUGAAAAGUCGCGCUUAGCAGAGUCGAGACAGGAUCAGGUUGACAAUGACGAUGGUAGCAGCUGCGAGGAAGACGGAGCCCGAGCUGGAGUAAUUGGUCGAUCCAUUGCCGUGAGUCCGAGUCGAGAAGAUAUCCUCGAUCGGUGUCCUCCUCCUGUUGCUGUUGCUGCUGCUGGACGGUCACCUGUCAAGGUCUCGCCGUCGCCGUAUUGUCUCUCGUCGAGUGUGAGAUACAAGCAUGGUCGUCGAAUUGAAGACAGUGAUAUUGCUGACUCGACGGCUCGUACCCGACUGUGCGUUGCAGGAGUCACAACGGAGCAGGCAGAUCGCUAUAGGAUGAGCAGGACGAGUGGCAAACGCUUGCGCUCGCCGUCAAAGCCGACGACCUUGUGGGGGGAUCCUUGCGACAGCUACAACCGCCAAAGCGGUACGAGCGUCAGCGUCACGGACACACCCAGUUUUUCUCACAAGCGUCACGUACAUUCUGCCGCAGAAAGAACGUUUGGCGGUUCGUCGGUCUUCCGGACGCUCAAUAUGGAUACGUACGGCUGGCCUCCAUCCGAGUUGGUGCGCGGCCAGCAUCGAUCUGUCGCAACCGGUUCUGAUGCUAAUGACGGAGAACACCGGUUCCCACGUGACGUCGAGUCAGAGCAGUUGCCCAAUGCACCUUUACAGAGGUCGCACUCUCAGCAAUGCAGCACAGACAACGGUAAUUCGCGCAUGGUCCCUAUUGGAUCCGAGGUAUUCGAUACGCCUCUCGUGGAACCCCGAAGCUACAAGAAGACCAAGAGGGUCUCGUUUCAUGGAAAUGGGCGCGUCAACACGCCGGACGGGAUUGCAGCCUACCCGCAGCCUCGCACUCUGCCUGUGCUUGCUGAUAAAACCACGCAGACGGAAGCUUUUCUACUAUCAACGUGGAAACCGACGGAGUCUGACAAACAAGAUGUCUUCGCUCGUCAUGGUGGUCGGAGGAACGAUCAAGGAUCACCGUUGCGCUCCUCAACGAUGACCGAGUCCGAGCAUCCAAGGCAAAUGCCAAGCGACGCUGAUAAUGCUGCUGGUGCAGACGGUGUGCGACAGCGUCACUAUCGUCGGACGAGCGGUCAUCUCGCGAAUCCGAUCAUGAUAAAUCCUAGAUACCUACCAGAGCCGACAACGUUCCGAGGUAGAUCAUCGUACUCUACAAUGUCCAAUGACAAGUUUCCGUGGCGAUAG